AUGAAGGCGGAUAUCGAAACUGUAGAAUCUGAGGAUGCAAAGAAACUGAAAAUACGCGAAGAAAAACUUUGCGAAAAAGAAAGAAUCAUCGCCAAAGAACGAGCAGAAUUUGAAAAUGAAAAGGCGAAUUUCAAAGGUUCGCGGGCGGCAAGAGAGGGAUCACAAGAAUCGCCUGGAAUGACUCUAGAACUGCAGAAUGCCUUGGAAGAGUGCGUAGUUCUGCGACAGGAGAAACAGACACUGCUUGAACGAUGUAACAAACUGUCGCAUGAGCUAAAGCGAGCGACCCGAUCGCUAGAAAACGGGGCAGCGGCUUCCGAAGAAAAGGACCGUCCAUUGAGUGCCGUUGAGAAUCUCCAGUACGAGCUCACGAAAAAGCAGCUCGGAUUAGUAGCUUUGGAACGUCACCGCGUUCCAUAUAAUCCGACUGAAUACACUGGCUCUGCUUGCGAUUUGCCUACUCACGAAAACUCUUUUCUCGAUUCAGAAGUUGUUUCUCUUUCUUCCCUGCCAAAUACUGAGCUAUCACAGUUCGAAGCAGAAGAUGUUCCCGUCAAGCUGCCUUCUCGCAAGCAAUUCAAACGACCACUGCCAAGGCAACCUAUCAACUACAAUUCCCUCAAACCAACCACUUGA